AUGAGCUUAACUGCGGACACCUUGAAAAGUCUCAUUGAGGACAAGCUUGAGGCAACUUUGGUUCAAGUAGAAGAUAUGUCUGGCGGCUGUGGUCAAGCAUUUGCCGUCAUUAUAGUGUCUCCGCUCUUCGUUGGCAAGAACAAAUUGGCCAGACACCGAUUAGUCAACAGUGCUCUUAAAGAAGAAAUAGCAUCAAUUCAUGCUUUUACACAAAAGGGAUUCACUCCCGAGGAAUGGAAAGCGCAGGGUGGAAACUGA